AUGGCGAUUAAUAUUUUACACAAAUUACGGGUCCCUUUUAUUGCAGGUCGUCGUAAUUUUUCCAAUGUUGGUUUCGUCGGUUUGGGCAAUAUGGGAAAUUACAUGGCUACUAAUUUAAUUAAAAAGGGAUAUAAGCUAACCGUCUAUGACAUUAAUAAAUCCGCGGUGAAAAAUUUGGUAGCAGCAGGAGCAACUGAAGCUGCAAGUGCUGCUGACUUGGCAAAAAAUUCACAAGUUGUUGUUACGAUGCUGCCAACUAAUGACCACGUUUGGGAUUCUUUUACUGCUAAAGAUGGAUUAUUAAGCUCGCUGCAAAAAGACACACUGUUCAUUGACAGCAGCACAAUAGACCCUUCAGUAUCUCAAAAAGUCUCUGAAGAAACUCACAAGCACGGAGCAAAAUUUAUCGACGGCCCAGUAUCAGGUGGUGUAGUAGGAGCGAGAGAUGCCACGCUGACAUUCAUGGUUGGUGGUCCAAAAGAUCAGUAUGAACGCGCGAAAUCUCUGCUAGAAGCAAUGGGCAGUCGGGUAGUCCACUGCGGAGAUGUAGGCAUGGGCCAGGUCGCGAAACUCUGCAAUAACAUGCUGCUGGCUAUCAGCAUGAUUGGAGUCUCCGAAGUGGUCAAUCUUGCCGACAAAUUAGGACUGGAUCCAAAAGUAAUGACAAGCAUACUUAACACCAGCACCGGCCGCUGCUGGUCUUCGGAAAUUUAUCCUCCAGUUCCUGGGAUCAUUUCUACAGUUCCCAGUUCUAAUCAAUAUCAAGGCGGAUUCAUGACUUCAUUGAUGACCAAAGACUUGGGGUUGGCUCAAGCAGCUGCGACACGCUCCAACACUCCAAUACCUCUUGGAUCAUUAGCUCACCAAAUUUAUCGCAUUCUUAUGACUCACGGUCUAAAAGACAAAGAUUUUAGUGUCGUUUAUCAAUAUUUAAAAAAUAGAACAGUAGAACGGGACUCUUCAGUAAAAAAGGAUGCAGCAGAGCGGUUGUCCGCAAUAAUACUCCUAAAUAAUCAAUUGUCAUCACAACGUGAUCAAACUACAUUCUUUUUCACCCGGUUCACCAUGGCACUGUCAUCCUCUCGAGAAACAGGUGUGGUAACAGUUUGCUUCGACAGUGUUAGGGUAGUGGUCCCAUGCGGGGACGGCAGCUUGCUAGUAAAAGACCUGAUGCGCGAAGCAAUAAUCCGUUACCGUAAAGCAACAGGAAAAUUAUCAACAGACGGUCCAGUGAUAACAAGCCUCUCCUCAUUGACCGGCGGAGGUUUACUGGACCCUGACGACAGAUUGUGCGACGUAGCGGACGACCGGGAGCAGAUAAUCGCGCACCUAGCCACGGGAGAUAACCACGGCGACGGAGCAAGUUCCGUUGGAACAAACAGCCCGGACUUCUUCGGGGAUAAAGAAGUGCGCUACCGUGACCACCGUACCCUGGGUAACAUAAAGCGCGAGAGCGUAAAGAGACUAUCAAUGCACGCUCUAUCUAACAGAGAGCAUAUGGCUUACAACGCGCUGUCGCUUCCCCGCGAAUUACGCAGGCGCGAGCCCUUAGGCCAAGACGCGCCAUCUUUUGAGCGUCCGGAGCGUACUGAGGUCCAGGAGAUUGUAAUUAAGAACGAACCUGGGCUCCUUGGGGUUGAUAUGAUGCCCUGCUAUGAUCUUCAGGGUAAUGACCAAGGAUUGAAGGUCCAGAAGGUUUAUCCUAAUGGCAGGAUAGCCAAAGAUGGGAGAAUUGAAGUUGAUGAUAAGAUUAUUGGGAUUAACGGGCAGAAUUUGCUAAGGUUGCACUUCCAAAAGGUCCAGGAGAUCCUCAGGUCUUGCACCAACGACCCCUGUUUGAAAAUUUCGGUAGUUAAGGCUAAAAAGUCUGAACCUGAGGAAUCGCAAAAGAAGAUUUCUUCUUACAAUGUCCUACAGAGUGCUAACACUAGAAAAAUUGGGCGGAUGAUUGAAAUUGAGCUUACUAAAGGCAGCGACGGCUUGGGGUUCAGUGUAACCACUAGAGACAACCCAGCCGGUGGUCAUAUGCCGAUUUACAUUAAGAAUAUCCUGACUAAAGGCGCUGCGGUCAAUGACGGACAGCUUAAAUCUGGAGAUAGGUUGCUUAAGGUCAAUGAUAUUGAGAUGACUGGCAAGAGCCAGGAUGAGGUGGUUAAUUUUCUAAGGAACAUUCCUCCAGGAGGCAAGGUUAGAAUUGUAGUUUCUAGACAAGAAGAUAGCUCUAGUAACCUAAACGAUUACAAUUGUAACUCUGGACAAAGAGAACAGGCUAUCCAACCUGUUCAAGAAUCUAGGUGGAAGACACCCAAUUCCUCACCCAGUAAAGAAAGGGAAGAAAAGAUUGAAGUUCUUAAGUCCCCUAAGAAGAAAGUUAAGCAUAUUAACUUAGACAUUCCAGUUUUUGAUUCCGAAAAAGCAGGAUUGGGUGUUAGUGUUAAAGGAAAGACUUCCAAUGAUCCUAACUUGAAUCAUGACCUAGGGAUAUUUAUUAAGAGCGUUCUGCAUGGUGGCGCUGCUUCUAGGGACGGAAGGUUGAUGACCAAUGACCAGUUACUAGAGAUUAAUGGGGAAUCCUUGUUAGGGUUGAGUAAUUCUGCAGCUAUGGAUACCUUAAGGCGGGCGAUGAUCAAUAGCAAGAGUGCUACCACUGGGAUAAUUAGUCUAAAGAUUGCGAGGCAAGUCUCGGGGAAUUUUGAGGAUAAGGUAUACCAAGAGGAGUUGAUUAGUGGAUUGGGUGGCUGCAAGGUGGAAACCGCUAACAGUAUUUAUAUUGAUGAUAAGGAAGGGAGAGACGGUUUGGAUAAUGGGAAUCUAAGUCCCGUUUGGAAUCCGGUUAUUGAUAGACUUACUGAGCAGUAUAAUAAGAAUUCUAGAAAUGAGAGCUAUUGUUUGGCUACCAAUAAGACCUGGAGGGAAUCUAUGAGCCACAAAUUGUUCACUCGAGCGGAAAAUAUUUUGUUAGAGGAUUCUAAUGAGAAAAGAGCUUCGGAUAAAGACAGUCAGUAUACGGACGAUCCGACUUAUGAUAGCCAAUUGUCGCUGGAGUUUCCUGAAUCUUCAGGGAAGUUUGCUAGAGAUGCUGUGGGGAGACAGAGCAUGUCCGAGAAAGGACACGCAACGUUAGACGCUAAAAAUACGGAUACUUAUAAGCGGAAUAAGAAGUUAAAGGAGAAUAAGGAAGAUGAAGACAAGCCGCCUUCUGCGGAAGUGGCAGCAGCUGCAGUUUCUAGGGAGAUCAAUCCGGGAAAUGAAAGCGGAGUGGUAACAGAAUCUACUUCCUUUGAAGCCACCAGGCGGCGCUUUGAGAAAAAGGCUAAUGAGACGGAGCUACAGGUUAUGAAGCCCAGGAAGCAUUGGUUGGUGGAUGAUGGGAAUACUUUUUAUUCUCAAGGAAGGGAAGAAGGGGGCUUCGAUAAUUCUAGGGGAGAUGUUAAACAGGCUUCCCUUAAUGCGCUGGAUAAAAGGAGCAAGAAGAAGGGAAAAGUUUCUGCGAUUUUGAGACUGGUUAAGAAUCGCAAGAGUCUUAAUUUAGGGGAUAAUAUUGACUCGAGGGAUAAUAAUAAUUAUAUGAUAAUUCUAAAAAUCCGUCAGCAAGUCGACGUGGUCCAAAAGCGAUUCCGUGGAAAAAUAAAUAUCACCAAGCCUAAAAAAUUGCACUACACUCGUGCAGUAGUGCACGAAUUCGUGACACCAUUCUACCCGGCGACACGUCCACCAACACCAAUCUGGGAGCUCUGCGAGAAUGCCAACAAGAAAGAUAAAGCCUUGAAAGCUCCGCAUCCUUACGACCAGAUUCUCGCCAGAGAAUGCUUGAACUGGUACAACAAUUCCCGUAUGAUCGCAUUUCUCCACAUGAACCCCACCAAGGCGAGAGACGAGCUCGACAUGAGAAUCCAGCUUCGCAAAUCUAAUAUGUACCUAAAGUAUUACGGAAAGUCUAUCUACAAAUUGGCGCUGGAGAACUCAAGGUUUGAAGCAGUGAUGCCCCUGUUCUGCUCUCCAGCAAGAAUUAUUUUCACUGGAAUCCUGGACGGAGUCCUCUUGAACAUCAAGGACUUUAUGAAGUACGGUUCCAUGAACCUCGAUCUGGAACGCGCAAAAUUAGUCCAGACUAUCCAGACAGCAGCAGGCGCGAAUCUUUGCCGGCAAUUAAAUCAUCAUCCUUCAACUUUUGUCUCGCGAUUAGAAGCAAUCGCUAAUAAGGAUAAGGAUAACUGA